GCUGCUGCUCUCUCUCUCUGUAUCGCUGUGCGUAUUGAGUCAUUGUUGGGGCUGCUGGGGUCCAUGUGUAGAGCUUGUGCUGCCACUGAGCAAAGGAUGUUACAAAAGAGGAGACCACUGUCAUAGUAUGACCUCAGAAAGGCUCCACCGGAGGAUGGACUGACAUGAAGAUGAAUUGACAGGAAGCUAUAAAUGGAUGGAGACAUUUCUGAAGCUUUGGAGUGACCGAAGGAAAGUAAUAGAAAAGGAAGAUGAGACCAAAGGACAUCGAGACAGCAGAGAAUUCCAACUGACACGUUUGCUCAAAAGGGCUAACGUUUUUUCAACUGACGACGCAAGCAACGCUUUUCUGGGAUGACGUGCAGAAUUGGCAGCAGCAUCACAACAAAUAUGGAGCAUAAUACACUGACAGUUCGUAGUCAAUGAGGGUGUAACAGAAGGGACAUAUGAUAAUGGGCAGAUAGUCACUAAUCCUGACUGUGUGCCAGCUGGUGGCUGCAAAGCAUGCUGGGAUAGCAGAAGUGGACACUGACUGGCUGCUCAACGGACAGUUCCGGUAACUAGUAAGAUCCCAGCGACAAACUGGUUGUCUCAAAGCAUGCUGGGACUUUUUCGUUGGCCAAAGAUGUUGCAGCUACAUAUGCUGGGACACUGGACGAUACACAGCUGUCUGUCAGAGCAGUGAGGAUGAACAGGCGAGGCCCGACCAGAGGUCAGAGGUUUGUCAAGGCAGACUACUACGAGCUGGACUGGUACUAUGAGGAGUGUACUGAUGUAUUGUGUGCUGACCGAGUGGGCCAGAUGACGAAGACCUACAGUGACAUUGAUGCCGUCACUCGACUGUUGGAGGAGAAAGAGCGCGACUUGGAGUUAGCAGCUCGCAUCGGACAGUCACUGCUGAAGAAAAACAAAGCUCUCAGUGAGAAGAACGAGCUGCUGGAGGAGCAAGUAGAGCACAUACGAGAGGAGGUGUCUCAGUUGCGUCACGACUUGUCCAUGAAAGAUGAGCUGUUGCAGUUCUAUACCAGUGCUGCUGAGGAAAGUGAGGGGGAGUCGAUCACCUCCACACCCGUGCGCCCCAGUGAGAACAAUGUGUCAACUCCAAUUUCUUUCCCCCUGGACUCCUUGCAGAAGAAACUCAAAGAUCUGGAGGAAGAAAACAAAUCAUUGCGAUCUGAGGCCAGUCAUUUGGAGACAGAAACAAUCUCAUAUGAGGAGAAGGAGCUGCAACUUGUCAAUGACUGUGUUAAAGAACUACGUGAUGCCAACGUGCAGAUGUCCUCUCUGGCUGAAGAGCUUGCCAGAAAGACCGAGGACGCCUCCAGACAGCAGGAGGAGAUCACACACCUCCUCUCCCAGAUAGUAGACCUGCAGAAGAAAGCCAAGAUGUAUGCUGUGGAAAACGAGGAGCUGACUCAGCACUUGGGUGCAGCCAAAGACGCCCAGCGACAACUCACUGCUGAAUUGCAAGAGUUACAAGAUAAGUAUGCAGAGUGCAUGGAGAUGCUUCAUGAGGCUCAGGAGGAGCUGAAGAACCUGAGGAAUAAAACUCUACCACUCAGCACACCGAGGCGUUUCCAUUCUCUGGGUCUGUUCCCAAUGGACUCUCUGGCCGCAGAAAUAGAGGGCACCAUGAGGAAGGAACUUCAGAUGGAUGAUCCGGACGUAGAAGAGCAGAGGCUGCAACCCAAGCGAGUGUUUCAGACAGUAAAGAACCUGAACCUGAUGCGCCAGCAGCGUUCAUCGCUGGCCCCGUCCCCCCUCAACAUCCCGGGCUCCAAUCAGACGUCAUGCCUCACCUCAGGGCUCUGCAGCAGGGUGGGCACGCCGCGCUCCAACUCCAUAUAUGGUAGUGACGCAGGAAGUGGGAUCAUCCUGGACAACAGGACUAGCAGUAUCCUGGAGGGUCGGGACGAUUGGUCAGAGGACUCCAACAAGCGGCCCCCUGGUACCCCGGGGACCCCCGGCAGCAGGGACCUGGAGGCAGCCCUGCGACGGCUGUCCCUCCGCCGCGACAACUACCUCUCAGAGAAGCGCUUCUUCGAGGAUGAGAGGGAGAGAAAGCUGGCUUAUUUGGCCAAAGAGGAACAGAGGGGCGAGGAGGGGAGUAGUGGGGGUCCCGGGACACCGACAGAGAGCCUGCUGUCGCUGUGUUCGCAUCCCUCCCUCGGAAGCGCCUGGUCGGGGUACUCCAUGUCGGCCAGAUCCUACCUGCCGGAUAAGCUGCAAAUUGUAAAGCCGCUAGAAGGCUCUGCCACUCUCCAUGCGUGGCAGCUGUUGGCUCAGCCCCACAUGGGGGCUCUGCUGGAUCACCGGCCCGGUGUGGUCACAAAGGGCUUUCGCACUUUAGACCUCGAGCAGGAACAAGAAGAUCACUGGCACCUGGACCAACCGGAGGAGGACGAAGUCUCCUGCGACUCAUUCACUGGCUUGUCAGGAGAGAGCUCGGCUCCUGUGGAUCGGCCCCGCUCUACCUCUUCUCCUGUGUGCUGCAACAAGAACAGAGACGUGGACGACAAUAGCCGACUAGAAACAAUGCAAGGGAACAUGUGCACAGCCAGAGAAGGGAUUCUUGCAAAGGAUGGACAUGUUGAAAAGCUACCGCUUUCCUUCUCUUGCCUCUCUCCUUCUUCUCCUCUCCCCUCGUCUUCUGAGAUGAACGGGCACGUGGACCUCAAGGAGCUCCAGGACCGUAUGCCUGUCCAUUUCCCAGGCAAGAGUAUGUCUAACACCAGCUCUACAUACACCUACACCACCUGCAGGAUUCUCCACCCUUCUGAUCAGCUGACCUCUGUGUCCCCAAGCUCCGCUCUAGCCUCUUGCCAGAGCAGCGCUUGCUUCGCCCCCCCUACGCCCACCUGCUCCCCUGUUCCCUUCUCUGGCUCGCCUACACCUUCCUACACCCCCUGCUGCACCCCGCGCCGCCUCUCCCUCUCCCUCUCACUAGCGGAGUCCUCCACCAACCUCAGGGACUCCACCAAGACCACCAGCACCUCAUUAGGCCUGGUGCGCCUCCUGCUGGAGAACGGGAUUUCUGCCUCGGUGUAUGACCCUCGCAGCUGGGACCGAGGGUUGGAUGCGAGCGGAGCUUCGACGCCCGCGGGAGGAGCGCAAGUUCGGAGGAGCGUCGGCGUCCCGGAGGAGACCGAACACAGGCGGCUGGUGAAGCGCCCGGACACCCUCCUCCUGCGGGCCUCCACGCCCCCGGACUCGCCUCGCUCCAAAGCCGCCGCCGCCGCCGCCUUCACCACCGACCACCUGCUCUUUCAGUUCAGCCCUUCCGCUGACGACCCGCCGUUCUACGACACCUUCCUCGCCUCUAAGCCGGCUCGGACGAUUCUGAGGGAAGUGCUCGGGGAGGCGGAGAGGGAGCAGACGGAUGACGACGGCCAAACGGAGAAGCUCAACCUGCGACUUGUGGACAAACUGAAACGCUUCCGCACCCUCUCCUCUCGCGCUGGUCCCGGGGCGCCCGGGAGCACUCUCAUAGCCCCCUUUGGGACUUCCGCACUGGGGAACAGCGCACUGGGUGGGGGGCUCCCGGGGCUCAGGAGGAAUCGAAGCUAUCCUGCCAUGGUUGGGGCCAGUAUGGCUAUGAAAGACCCGGGAGGCCCCCCAAGCACAGAGAUGGUCAUACCACAUGCAUCACAAACCCCACAGACACAACAAACAGUGCGCACAAGUCACACGCCGGCCUCGCACCCACCACAGACGAGACAUGAACUGGAAACGGCCCAUUUGGUAGAACAGAGACGCAGCAGGCCCAGAGACGGGCUGUGGUGUUUAACAAGCAAUGACCAACACAGCGAUGAUGAUGAUGAUGAUGAUGAAAUGGGGACAUAAUGGGAGUUAUGCAUAUUAGCUUGAAUUAAAACACACCAAAACACGUAGGGCAUUGCACUUGUGCGGACGUGACAAAACAAAGACCCCAGUGACUCUACAGACGUCUUUCAGUUAUCCACAGAACAGGACUCAACCAAACCAAAAUGCAUCGCUCAUAGUCCAGACUCCAGUGGUGGCUGAUAAGGUUGCACUGGUUUAUGCUCCUGUGCAGUCAGACCAAACUAAUGAUGAUGGAGUAUGUUGCCCUCUGUGCCCAUUGUUGUUGUAUAUUUCAUAUGCAAUGUACUGUGUCAUACAUAGUUUAAUAUUAAAGGCCCAAUCUGGUGGAAACACCGCAGAGCUUUCCCACGACAACGCCUCGGUUUCCUUCUCUGAAACAUGCACUUUAAAAAAACAAAAACAUACUGUGCUGGAACAAAUUACAUAAGGUGACUUUUCCUCAGAUGAACUGCAACACAAAAAUAAUUUCUUCUAAAGUAGGCCAUCAUAAACACAAUAGAGUUAUAGAUGUCUGCUAGUCCUGAAAAGGGCAGGAGCCUUCAUGUAAGGGUCAUAUCGCUGUUUUUUUAUUACUGUAAUGUAUUUUAAAUGUUGCAACACAUUCAAAUACGAUUAACUUUCUGACUUGUUAAAGUGCUAAAUUGUCACCUUAUAUUUGGGCCACUGUGGUAUUUUUAAGUAUUCUUCGUUGCACUGGAGCUGGAGGAUUUUCUUGUCACGUUCAGUGGCAACGGCCCCAGGGGUUAUUUUCUAUUUCAUGUAUGUAAUAUGUAUUUUCCGAAGGAAUCCAGAUUGGGACUUUAAUGUGCGAUCUCACUGUGACUCACUGUUCCUAUGUGCCUACUACCAGCCAACAUACUGUAUCUCAUUGGAGUAUGGGUUUGCAUUUGUAUUAUUUGAUUACUCUAUCAUUUUAAUGCAGUAGAGGGAGUACACGAGAAUAACUGUAGAUUAAUAUAUUUGCAUUGGAACCUGCUGAGGUGUGGCUCCUUUGUUUUUGUCUCCUCGCGAGUUUGCGUGGAGCAUUCCCUCCGCUUCUCAUCCACAGGGACAUGUAGCUUCUAAGGGGUGACGGAGAACAGGCCCAGCGACACCCACACACCAGUUAUGACACUGACCACAGACGACGAGAGCCCGACCGGCAGAAAGCACCAGACUUGUUUUGACAGAUUCGCCUUUUCUCCAUAUUGCCUGUGUGAAGCCGGAUCAAAUGCAUUGCAUACAUGCCGACCGCAUCACAUUUAUUUUGUAAAAUUCAAACAAGCUUGUGGGUGAUUAUCAAUAUUAAUCGCUAUGAAAUGUGUUUGUUUCUGAAUGUAAAAAGGAGUAACUUGAAAUAUCCAAAUGUUGGUUUUAAGAGCAGGAGACUGAGCUUUUAUCCCAGUGUGUGGCUGAAGGAAAGGUUUUUGGCAUCACUGACCCCUUUCCAGUGUCCACACAGACACUUGUACGCCCUCUGUAAAUCUUACUAGGUUAUAUUUGAAAAGAAAGCAUCACUAACCAUAUUAUAAAUAUGACGGAUUAAGGUAAAUCCCUUGCACCCUGAUGCUGAUCACGUAAGAGUCGGUUUGUAGUCGGGUGCCAGAUGGUCGACUGACAGUGAAUGAACGGAUGAAUGGCUGUGAUCUGAAGUUCUUAAUGAUUAACGGGUUAAACCAGUUCAUUAUUAAAGGUCCAUCGCAGAUGUUUAAGUGAAGGACAUUUGCAGGUUGUAUUUUUUUUUUUUUUUAAUAGUCGCACUGACAUUUUGAAUCAUAUUUCAUUGAACAGGUGUUUAUGGUUAAAUGAUAAACAUUUCUCCGGCGCUUGUGGCCACACAGGAACAUUUCCUAAAUACAUUCAUGCUGCAGUUGAACAUUUGGAUAAGAAACUAUUUUAUAGUGCUUAAAAUUAUACCAAGUGCUAAGACUGAAGUGAGAAGUUGUGGUGUGUGUUUGUGUGUGUCAUUUGAAUGUAAGUUAUUACAAACAGUAAUCCUGCUGUAGGCCAUAUGUGUGUGUACAGUAUGUCGUUUUAUUUUCAGUUUGUUGAUUCUGAGGGGGAACUAUUAUUACGUUGUAAAUGUGUGCAACACAAAUAGUCAUGCUAACGUUUUUUUAAAGAAAUACUGUAACAGUAGAACACAAAUACAGGGAAUUACGUUGUUUAUUUUCAUUAAAGAGGGAAGGAAACUUUUCUGUUCAGGGACUGAAGUGUUCUAUUCUACAGAACAGAUUGCACCGUCAAUAAAUAUAAAUAUAAAUACAUUA